CACCGAUGGCCUUUCUCUGCAGGUCACCCUGAGGGAAGUUUUUUAGUUAAGAGUAAGAGAAUGUUGAGGGAGAGCAGCCAGGUGGACCACAUGCUGCUGCUGCUGCUACUUUGAACAUUACUGUCUGGUUUAGUAAAUAAAGGUUAUGGUAUUUUACCUCAUUGGUCUGGGGUUGGGUGACCCCCACGAUGUGACAGUGCGGGGGUUGGAGGUCAUUAAGAAGUGUCAACGAGUCUACUUGGAAGCAUACACCUCAAUUAUCAGUGGUGGAAAGGAGGCAUUGGAGAAAUUUUAUAAUCGUGAGGUUAUUUUGGCUGAUCGGGAGCAGGUGGAGCAGGCAUCAGAUGACCUGUUUGUAGGUGCUGGGUCAAUUGAUGUUGCAUUACUGGUGGUUGGAGACCCACUUGGUGCCACCACACAUACAGAUCUGAAGCUGCGUGCCCACCAGUUGGGUAUUCCUGUUGAGGUCAAGUUACUUUUAUAAUUGCCUCUCUUAUGCCAUUAAUACUUCUAUCUUUACUUUCAUACAUUUAUUUAUUUUAAUUUAUAAUGCUAUUCUUUUUGAUUGUUAAUAAAAUCUGAAUUUAUUGAUAACAUAUGCUGUAAAGAUUAGGUGUUACUUUCAUUUUGUCCUUUAAUUGUUUCUGAAGCAUUUUCAUUAACAUGGUAUUAGUACAUUUUCUGCAUGUUACUAAAUUCUUAUAGCUUGUGGCUUAUCUUCUCAUAAUAUUGAAGCUACCAUGGCUUGCAUACACACACCUUCUAAACCUUCAGUCCAACAUUUCUGUAUCUUCCCUUUUAACAUAUCAAUUUCAAUUAUGAACACAAUGGCACUAUUACCAUGAGUAUAAUAUUAUGGCAAUCUAUCCUUUAAGUUCAUCAUUAAAUCACAUGACUUAUAUUUUACCGACCUUAACGCAGUAAUAAUAAUAAUAAUAAUAAUACAGUGGACCUCCGGAUAACGAUAUUAUUUCAAUCCAGAAGUCUGUUUGGGUGCCGUUAUAGACCGAAUUUGUUCCCAUAAGAGAUAUUGUGAAUUAGAUUAGUCUGUUUCAGACCCCCAAAAAUACCCCUACAAAAGCACUUACAAAAAUGCACUUACAUAAUUGGUCGAGUUGGGAGCUGAUUGUUAUGCGGGGGUCCACUGUAAUCUACAAGUACAUAAUACAACUGAUGCAGACCCUGCUGACCUCAUUGGCAUACUAUAUAGAAAUCUCCUGGUUAUGCAGAGCAUUUUGGGCAACUUAGAUUAAAGAUAAAGAUAAAAAAUUUUAUUUUGGUCCAAGUCAUACCAACACGUCGU